AGCUUUUCCACCCUCUCUUACCCCAGACGUCCACUGUGAAACCAACGAUAGCCCGCAACUCCAGCUGCUCCAGACUUUACCUUCAGUCUGGUGCACAGGCGCACCCAGAUCCCAGCCAGCAGUGGAACGCCUCUGGACAGCAGCCAGGCCUGGGCAGGACUGCGCUGGAUCGCACCGGUAUCAGUAUCGUACUGGUCCUGUCCAUCAAGGAACAGGGACUCCCUGGAGCCAAUCAGAAUUGCGUAUAAGCGGAGUCGUCCAAUCGACAGCGGGCAACCGCCUUUCCGGUGCCGCCCUGUUCGGCUCGUGUCUGCCCGUGUCGGCUGCAGCGGGGUGCUUACGGUCGGUUGCGCCCAGCGGAGCGCACGGAGAUUGGAAACGUGUAUCGGCUGCAGCGCUGCGCACACGGUCGGUGGAGACGCCUAGGGGAGCGCACGGAGAUUGGAAACGCGCCAUGGAUUCGAUAACCUUUGAGGAUGUGGCUGUGUACUUUACCCAGGAAGAGUGGGCCUUGCUGGACAUUUUCCAGAAGAAUCUCUACAGAGAUGUGAUGCAGGAAACCUACAGGAACCUGACUUCUCUAGGAACAGAAUGGGAACAGUGGGAUUUGGACACUUACUACAGAAGUCUGAAGAGAAACCUGAGAAUCCAGAUGGUAAAGAGAGACCGUGAACUUAGAGACAGUGACCAAGGCAGAGAAACCCCAGCUCAAGAUCCAGUCGGUAUCACAAGCAAGAAAAUGCCUGGACCAAAGCUUCCUGAAUGUCAGUCAUCCCUAAAGAGACCUGCUGCAUUCAACCCUCAAAACAAACCAUGUGACUAUCAGACAUAUGUAAAGAAAUACUGUGAGUGUAGAGCAUGUGGUAAAGUCUUUACCUGUCCCAGCUCCCUUAAAAAUCAUAAAAAGGUCCACAGCAGAGAGAAACCUUACAGAUGUCUGCAUUGUGAGAGAACCUUUAGUUAUCACUUCUGUGCAGAAAGGCAUAUGCUGACUCAUAGUGCAGACAGGCAUAAAUGCAAGCUGUGCGGGGAAAUAUUUCCUAAUGCCGAUACCCUUCGGAGUCAUAGAAAAAUUCACUCUGGAGAGAUGCCUGAAUGUGAGGAUUGUGGGAGAAUGUUCUGGACUUCCAGUUCCCUCGAGUUGCAUAAAAGGCUUCAUACAACAGAAAAACUUUAUGAAUGUAAAUACUGCAGGAAAACCUUCAAGAAUUAUUGUUCCUUUAGACUCCACGAAAGGAUUCACACUGGGGAGAAACCUUAUGAAUGUAAGCAGUGUGGGAAAACCUUCAGACAUUCCAGCCAUGUUAAAGCACAUAAGAGAACUCACACUGGAGAGAAGCCCUAUGAAUGUAAGCAGUGUGGGAAGACCUUCACUUCUGGGCAUUGUGCAAGAAGACAUUUAGGGACUCACAGUGGAGCCUGGCCUUACAAGUGUGAGGUGUGUGGGAAAGCUUAUCCGUAUGUCUAUUCCCUUCGGAAUCAUGAAAAAAGCCAUGCCGAAGAGAAACUUUAUGAAUGUACGCAGUGUGGGAAAACCUUUAAAUAUCGUGCUUCCUUACGAAACCAUUUGACCACUCACACGGGGGAGAAGCCGUAUGAAUGUAAGGAGUGUGGGAAAACCUUCAGCUGUGCCAGUUACCUUCAGAAUCACAAGAGAACACACGGGCAGCCCUACAAAUGUGAAGAGUGUGGUAAGGCGUUCUCAUACUCCAAGAGUCUUCGAAAACACAUGAAUGUACACAGUCGAUUGGCGGGAAGCUUUAAGUGAGUUAGAGGUCGAGUAUAAGAAGAAGAAGAACUCCACACGCUCAAGCUCAUGUUCAAAAUGAGCCUGUGAGCGCAGUGAGUCUGCAUUGGUUUCGGUGAGAUGGGCCACAGCUUGUGCCAAAGCCUAUGAGUUGAAAGCGUGUUGGGAAGCUUUUGAGCACUGAGGACUUAACUGGAGAUGGAUACUGACCUGGGAAAGCUUUUUGCUCAUUCUUGAUGGAUACAUGGGAUGACAGUGGAGAGAAAGUCUAUCACUGUUAGCAGUAUGGGGACCAUUUUACCCUGAAUUUCAGUGUGGGGAAGUCUCACUAGGCUCCACCACAGACCCAGACUGUACACGGAGGAACACUUGGACUCCUGCAAUGUUAACAUGUUCAAGCCCCCAAAUCUCAUCAACCUAAGAAGUAUAAAACCCGCUGGUACACUCGGGAGGCAGAGGCAGGCGGAUCUCUGUGAGUUUGAGACCAGCCUGGUCUACAAGAGCUAGUUCCAGGACAGGCUCCAAAACCAUAGAGAAACCCUGUCUCGAAAAACCAAAAAAAAAAAAAAAAAAAAAAAAACCCGCUGGUGUCCGUAUACUGUGGAUUUCUGAUUCUUAGUCAUAAUUCUGUUGCUGCUUUUUGUUUAGUUAUACAUAAUUUUUAAGUGCUUUACUUUGGUAAUUAUUGGACCAGUAAAAUCUGAUUUUGUUAAUGUCCAGAUUUUUGCCAUAGUCCUCGACUGUUCAGGUGUGGCUGUACUUGGUCAUUUGUUUUCUAAUAAAAAUGUCUUUUUCCAGCACAAAAUUUACUCG